UUUUAUGCUUAUUAUUAUUAUUAUUAUUAUUAUUAUUAUUAUUAUUAUUAUUAUUAUUAUUAUUAUUAUUAUUAUUAUUAUUAUUAUUAUUAUUAUCAUCAUCUUGUCAAUGAUAAUAGUUACUUGACUAGGUUUUAACGUGAUAAAACUGCUCUGUUGUUUCAGGGAACCAUUCUGUGGAUCAACCUGGAUUGGAUUGGCCGACAAGGCUAAAGAUUAUACAAGGAGUUGGUAAGGGUUUAGGUUACUUGUUCAAGGAGCUACCAACACUAACCAUCCCUCACGGUCAUCUCAAGUCAUCAAACGUUGUACUUGACAAAUCAUUUGAGCCUCUCUUAACAGACUACGCGCUAAGACCAGUGAUGAACUCAGAGCAAUCUCAUAACCUAAUGAUCGCUUAUAAAUCUCCAGAGUACAGCUUAAAGGGACAUAUAACCAAGAAGACCGACGUUUGGUGCCUCGGUGUCCUGAUCUUGGAGCUUAUAACCGGUAGGUUUCCUGAGAAUUAUCUAAGUAAAGGGUACGAUGCUAACAUGAGCCUUGUGACUUGGGUGAGUGACAUGGUGAAAGAGAAGAAAACGAGUGACGUGUUUGACAAGGAAAUGAUUGGGAAGAAGAACUGUAAAGCAGAGAUGCUGAGCCUGUUGAAAAUAGGGUUGAGCUGUUGCGAAGAAGAUGAAGAGAGGAGGAUGGAGAUGAGAGAUGCUGUGGAGAAGAUAGAGAGGUUAAGAGAGUCGGAUAUUGACUUGGAAGCUUCUACCAAUGUCUUUGCUUCUCGGUUGAUAGAAGAUGAUGACUUUGGUUUUGCGGUGAAUCGAUGAUGAGUAUGGUCAGUCUUAUCAAUGGAAAGAAGAGUUUGAAAAAAAAACAAUUUGUUAUGUUGAUGUAAGAAAAACAAUUUGUUAACUUUUCCAGCUUUAUAAAAUCAGUCACUCUCUCGUUCGUGUAAAUUAGUUUGCAUAGUUUCAUUAAGUUUACUCAUUUCUCCAUAUGAUUAUUAUUAUAACAUUACAAUAGUGUAUCCUACACAUAAUACAUGAAUCUAUGCGUGAGAUUAGGACUUUUUUUUCAAGAAGAAGCUACAAUAAUGAUCCAUUAUUGUUCUAAUUUGGAGGUAAUAGGAGUCCUUGAAAGUCCUAAUUUAGGAAUACCGCAGAUUUUAUAUUGAAGCCAUCCGAGAAAAGGCCAAGAUUCUUGGAGAGCAUGCUACUCUGUAAUUGAUGAAGUUCCAAAAGGGAAACGUGAAGAACAAGUAUGUGAAUUUAGGGUUAGUAUCUGUAACAGUGGAUAAAGAUAAAGGAAGCCAACAUGCUCUCAAAUGAGCAGGUCAUCAUAUUGUCUCCAAAGGACAAACUAUCAUCCUCCUCCAUGUUCUCCAAGAACAAACGAUAGUGCACCGUGAUCUGAAACCAGGAAACAUUUUGAUUGACCCGAACAAUCUAAGCAAAAUCGCCAAACAAGUCCCUGAAGCUGCAGAGACGUCUACUCCUUUGGUAUCUUGCUUCUCGACCUGCUCACAUCGAAAAGACCUACUGGUUUUGCUUACAACGUUGAGCAAGCGGUGGAGCAAGGGACAUUCAAGGAUAUGUUAGACGACUCAGCAGUUCAUAACUGGCCAGUGGAGGAAGCUUUAACUUUGGCAAAAGGUUGCGCUUAAAUAUGCACAGCUGAGAAGGAAAGACUGAUCAGACCUAGGGAAAGUGGUUUUACCAGAGCUCAUUAGACUGAGAGCUCUUGCAGAUGCCAAUAUGGAGUGUAUAAUGUUCAACUAUAGCAGAGGCCCAUCACCAAAUCAUAGCUUUUUGUCUCUUUACCACCAGUUGAAAGUACUGAAAAAUGCUGAGUGUUUAAACAUUUUUGUUAUAUCCUCAUUUUAAAAUGAAAAUAUUUUUAAAGUAUUACAGGAUAAAAUGAGUUAGUGUAACGUCAGAUGGCUAGUAUACACAUUCAAGUACUUAGUUUUAUUGGACACGAAGAAGAACUUUGGUGCAUUAUAUAUACUUUCCAUAAAUUAACUUUUAAAACAUUAACAUAAAAUGAGCUAGUGUAAACUUGUUGUAUCUAUGCUAACUUUACUUUUGUUUUCGUUUUAGAUGAAAACGACGAGGAUUAUAAUCCUUGUAUGUUGAAGGAAAGAUGAACUGAGGCCAUUCUUUUUUUUUGGGUGUAAUGUAUUCAUAUUGUUUAUAUUCGUAAGCAAAAAAAACUAUAGGAAAGUAUAUGUUAGGUUUGGUAGUAAUACCUCUGCAACACGUAAACUCUGUUUUGAUAUAUACAAGACGAAAUCUGGAUCACACAAAUCCUAAUGCUAAUCCUAGUUAGCUUCUAAAUUAAGAGAUACUCGUAAUUAUACAUAUACUCUAAAGCUAUAAUGUAAAAUAUCAAAUCAAGAUUGGCACUCAGUGAUUUUAUAACAAAAAUAAAGUUUAAAUUAAUAUAACAGUAUUUAUAUCAUAACUAAGAACUUUAUUAUCAUUUUUUAUUAUUUUCCAUAGUAAAAAUACAAAUUAUAAGUUUUAAUCAUUUUAAAUUAUGUGGACACAAAUAAUAUAUAACCAAAUCAGUACGUAUGACAGAUCAACAAAAAAAUAACACCAAUCAAAAUUUGUCACAUUAGUAAAAACUCCACGU